UGAAUGAUUCAUUGACUGAUUGACUUUGAAUGCUAAUAAAUCCCGAUAAUUUUUCAUAGUAUUAUUUAAUGAAAAUUGUAUUGUUGUUGCAAGAAAAUGCAAGAAUUGAUAAAUGAAUUAUUCUUUUUUUAUGAAAGUUGAUGAUUAAAUAUGUUUCUAGCUAUUUUGCAGUAUUUUACCAUUAGCACCUUAAUAAUUGGUAGCCAUGGUUUCUACGUUCCCGGAGUGGCACCGGUGGAGUUCAGAAAAGGUCAAAGAAUUGAAGUUAAAGCUGUUAAAAUGACUAGCAUUCAUACACAAUUGCCAUACGAAUAUUAUUCCCUACCAUUAUGUUUGCCUAAAAAUGGAACAUUUGUUUAUAAAUCCGAAAAUUUGGGGGAAGUGCUACGAGGCGAUCGCAUAGUUAACACUCCAUAUGAGGUACACAUGGCAGAGAAUAUCAAGUGUAGAUUACUGUGCCAUCAAAAGAAUACUCCAAUUAAUUGGAGUGUGGAAGAAUCUGAGAAAGUUGCAAGUCGUAUAGAACAUGAGUACUUUGUUCAUUUAUUAGUUGACAAUCUCCCAGUAGCAACAAGAGUAAUUAAUAUUGACACAUCAGAAAGGACUAUAGAACAAGGAUACCGAUUAGGUUUUAUGACCAAGGGCAAAGCAUAUAUCAACAAUCAUUUAAAACUUUUAUUAAAAUACCAUAAACAUAGCCAAGACUCAUAUAGAGUAGUAGGGUUUGAAGUAGAAACAUUGUCUGUUGAUAAAGAUGAAUUGAGUUUUGUGGAUGAAUCAUGUCAAUUCCCAUCAGAUCCAAAACCACAGCUUGUCAAUGAGGAAACAGGAACAAAACUUUAUUUUACUUAUUCUGUAGAGUGGGGAGAAUCAGAAAUAGGAUGGGCGUCCAGAUGGGAUAUAUAUUUGGGAAUGAAAGAUGUGCAAAUACAUUGGUUCUCCAUUGUUAAUUCCAUUGUUGUGUUAUUUUUUUUAUCUGGCAUAUUGACAAUGAUUAUGGUGAGAACAUUAAGACGAGAUAUAGCUCGUUACAAUUCCGAUGAAAGCAUUGAUGAUAUGAUUGAGGAAACUGGCUGGAAAUUGGUUCAUGGCGAUGUCUUCCGUCCACCUCCAAGGAGAAUGCUAUUUGCAGCUGUUAUUGGAAGUGGUAUUCAAGUCUUUUUAAUGGCUCUCAUAACUAUCUUUAUAGCAAUGCUUGGCAUGUUGUCGCCAGCAAGCAGAGGUGCAUUGAUGACCGCAGCUAUAUUCCUCUAUGUAUUUAUGGGUCUUAUUGCUGGCUACUACUCAGCACGCUUGUACAGUACCAUGAAAGGGAAACAAUGGAAACAGGCUGCAUUUCUUACGGCUACACUUUAUCCAGCUAUUGUCUUUGGCACUUGCUUCUUUUUAAAUUUUUUUAUUAUGGGCAAACAUUCCAGUGGUGCAGUACCUUUUUCCACUAUGAUGGCUCUACUGUGCUUAUGGUUUUGUAUAUCACUACCAUUAGUAUACUUGGGCUAUUACUUUGGUUGCCGUAAACAACCCUUCCAACAUCCUGUAAGGACUAAUUUCAUUCCAAGAAAAGUACCUGAUCAAGUUUGGUAUAUGAAUAUAUUUAUAUGUAUUUUAAUGGCUGGGAUACUUCCAUUUGGAGCUGUAUUUAUCGAAUUAUUUUUCAUAUUUAAUGCAUUAUGGGAAAAUCAAUUCUACUAUCUUUUUGGUUUCCUGUUCCUGGUAUUUUGCAUUUUAGUAGUGUCUGUAUCACAAAUAUCAAUUGUCAUGGUCUACUUUCAGCUCUGUGGCGAGGAUUAUCACUGGUGGUGGAAAAGCUUUAUUGUGUCUGGAGGAUCUGCUGUAUACAUUUUAGUAUACUCAGUAUUUUAUUUCUUCACCAAACUAGAAAUAACUGAGUUUAUACCAACUUUGCUUUACAUUGGAUACACAGGUCUUAUGGUGUUAACAUUCUGGCUUUUGACUGGCACCAUUGGAUUCUUUGCAGCCUACACAUUUAUUAGAAAAAUUUACGCCGCAGUGAAAAUCGACUAGGUUAAGCUGAAUUAAGUAUUUAGGUGUACAUUACACUAUCAAAUGUAUUAUCGGCAAAAGAAUAUUAAUUAAAUGAUGCACUAUUAGAAAUUAUCUUGUGAGAUCACUUCAUUUUCACAUUUAUGACUAAGUUCAAAAUUCAUUAUUUUGAACUUAGUACUAUAUUUGGUAGUGUAAUAUAUUUCUAAUGAACUUGGUAGAUGGUCAAAUGGCGUAAAGUAAGUAUAUUUUGCUAAUUGUAAUACAGAGAUGAGACUACUCCAGUUGUACUCUAUCUUUUUUUUACAAAUAAGAUAAUAUGCGUGCUAGAUCAAUUGCUCGAAUGUCUCGUCUCUUAUAUUAUGUAUCUAAGUAUGUAUGAAAUUGUAGUCGAUUUGAUCUGUUUGAUGAACAAAUGCCAUUGACAAUAGUGAGUUAAUGCUGAAAAGUGUGUGAAAUUUAUAUAGGCAAAAUGUUGCAUUUUUUAGUCAUUAAAUUAUAAUUUUUCAUAAAUGGAAUUAUAAUAAUUUACUUAAUUGUAAUAUUUUUGUGAUGGCUUGUAAGUAUAUUUUAAAAUGACAUUAUUAUUUAAUUUUAGUGUCAUAAGACUGCUGGCUUGUAUUUUUUUGUAUAGCACUAUUGCCCUAGGUUUAUCUAUAGUAUUAAUAUUUUUCCACUAAAUCCUUAAAUUUUCAUUACAAUCAUAAAAUCAAUUAUACCAUUA